GGCAGGUAUAGCAGGCCACGCCCCUUACAUCCACUGGUGGCAUGAGAAACUCCGCAUACGCGGGGGCUUUGUGGGUCAGUACUCCUACCGGCUCUGUCGAUGGGAUGGCACAAUGCGUUUUGAACAGAGAGCGGGCAGGAAACUUGUGGCUGAUAUCGUACCACCCACCGGACGUCCAGACUCGCAGGCCUGGGAAAGGAUCGGAAUGCUCGGAGGGCGAAAAGGGUGAGGUUUCAACACCUGAGGAGGGAUGAAGCACAGGAUGGCGGUUCUCCUUGGAUAUAGGUACUCCGUAUAUACCAUUGCCUCUGUACCUAAGACGAACUCAAAGGUAAGCAUGCACUACACCCAC